GCUGUAACGCGUGUGCGGUUGUGUGUGCUGGUGCUCCUGGUCAGUUUUACCUGGAAAACACUCACAUUUUGGAAUUAAACCAGAAGGAAAACAAAGCCGGGGGUUAAAGGAAGGAGUCGCCGUCUUCAAAUACAUUUUUUUGAGCCGGUAAGUCACGUUUUCAAGAUGGCAGACGCCGACCAAGUUUCCUCCACAACUCCCAACGAAGUGGUAGAAGAGGAGUUCAAACCCUGGCAUGAGUCAGGAACCGUGAGCUUCAGUGAUGCAGCAGCAGCAGCUCAUAAAGAUGGAGGGUUUUUUGGUGAAGAACAGUAUGUCAUGGAUGUACCUAGAUUUUUAGAAGGAUCAGCAACCGGUGGAGCACCUUUCACACUAGAGCCUAAACCAGUGACCAGACUGGAGAAGGAGGAGGAGGUGCUGGAGAAUGAGAUAGAGAUACAAGCCGAGAACAAAGCCGAGACUGAAUGGCUGGAGAAAUCUAAUUUGAAUCUAAUUUCUGAACCUGUGCAGGAACCUGAUAGCAGCACACAGAAUGAGUAUGCAUUUAACCUAGAUCUGGAGAAACAAGAGCAGGUUGUUACUGAAGGUUUUGCAGGACUCGAGCAAGAUUUCAGUCCUGAUGUGUAUGAAAAAGAAGUGACCCAAGACCAGGAUUCAGUGGCUUCGACUCCCACUGAGUCUGAAGAUCUCAUAUCUGAGAAAGAAGUCACACUAGGGACUUCUGUAGAGCAUUUUACAUCAGAAGUGAUACAGGAGCAGAUGAUCAGCACUACACACGCAGCCCAAACACAGGAGGAUAUCUUCAGUGCCUCCCCUGACCAGGAACAAUCACCGGAGCAGGACUUUGACAUCAUUACAAGUGUGAAGGAGAAAGUGUUUAGAGACCCAGGUGAAGCUUUCAGAUCAGACUUUGGUGAGGAGAGGAGUACUGCUGCUGAAACUGAACCUGUUUUGAAAGAUCCCAUCAGUUCUGCUCCAGCUGAAGCGCCUCCUGCAGCCCCUGCAUCACCAUCAUCCAAUGAAUCAAGUCUUCUUUUCUCUGCUGCUGAUAUUCCCUUUUCAACUUUGAUGCAGUUUACUUCAGAGAACAAGAAUUCUUCAAUUAUAGAUUCACAGGCCACCUUCAAGACCACUAUGGAUUCAUUUGGAAAUGAUUCAUCUACUAGGAGUGCACUUGGACAUGAUCCAGACGUGUUAAACCAGUCGGAUGAUGACUUGAUGUUUGAAACGAAAAAGAAUCCCUUUCAAGACUUCUCGCCUGUUGACAAACUCACCAGUGAGUUCUCUCAUUUCGGCGAAACUACUGCAGACGUUAGAGCAGCAACGAUGUCCGAUAGUCCGUCUCCAGACCUGGUCCAGAAUGCUCAUGAUGCGGAGAUAGAGGACAUUGAGGAGGAGUCUUUUGAGUCCAGAGAAGCAGCAACUGAGUCUCUUAGGCAACAGCUUGCUUCAUCUGACUUUUUUACAUCUCCAAAUGAUCAAGAGGCGUCUGGUGUGCCACCCUCUCUUCCAGAUAUUUUGAAGUCUUCACCACUUAAAUCUGAAAAGUUAGACUCUGGUUCAUCAGAAGGAAGCCCUGAUGUCAGUCCAGUACACAGAAGGGGCAAUGAUUCACCAAACGCUCCUGUCUCCAUGUCUGCAAACAAUCCGUUUGCUUUUGAAACCAAGGUUCCUUUGCUUAAAGAGAUGACUGAGGAAACUGAAGCAAGAGCUGCUGAAAAGGCAAGGCUAGAAAAAGACAAGGUGUCUGAGCAGCUGUUUGGCACCUUCGACCUUGUUAAAGAGACAGAAACCUCUCCAAAAGGCAAUGAAACCAUCUUUGAAGAACAAGAAGCUUUUAAGACUUCGAAAGAAAUUGUCGACAAAUUUGAAUGUCUUAACUUGCCAACUAAAAAGGAUCAAGGACACUCCGACUCUGAAAGUCCCUCUCCGGAUUCGCUCUCUCCAGUACUGGAGGCCAUGAAUAAGACCCCAGCACAUUUCCAGCUUGAACCAGAGAAGAAUGUUGAAGAAGAAGAAGAAGAAGAAGAAGAGGCAGAAGCUGCAGAUGAGAUAUCUGAACAGGAAGCAUCAUCAGAAGAGUUUGAGUUUGUUGAGAAACCGCCCCGAGGUGCCGUAGAUGAAUUUUUAGAGACUUUAGAGAACUCCAAAUUUACAAAGGCGUCAGAAGUGCUUGCUGAUGAUGACACAGAGUCAAAAUUCGCAGAGAUGGUCAAAGACGCAAGCCCUGCAGAAGAAGAAUCAAAGAAUCAAACUUCUUACUUUCUCCUCACUGAAGCCUCAGACGUGGCCUCUCAGACGAGAGGUAAGGCAGGCCUAGAGUUGUCCAGCUUUCAGGUUCCCUCGCAGUCUCCCGUGGCACCUUCCCCAGUGAUCAAAAUUGAGACGGUGCCAGUGAAGAAGGAAGAAAAUAAAGAUGUCAACCUGCCUAACUUGAGUGGCGGAGCAGUGGUUGAGCUGCUGUACUGGCGUGAUGUAAAGAACUCUGGCAUCGUUUUCGGAGCCAGCCUCCUGCUCCUGCUUUCUCUCAGCGUGUGCAGCAUCAUUAGCGUGCUCUCCUACGUGGCCCUGGCCCUCCUCUCAGUCACCAUCAGUUUUAGGAUAUAUAAGGGCAUCCUACAGGCCAUCCAAAAGAGUGAUGAAGGCCACCCGUUCAAGCUGUAUCUGGAGCAGGAAGUCGCCCUGCCAGAGGAUCUGGUCCAUAAAUACAGUGAAGUAGCCCUCGGCCGGUUAAACACCAUCAUUAUUGAACUGCGUCGCCUCUUCUUGGUUGAUGACCUGGUUGAUUCUCUUAAGUUUGCCGUGUUCAUGUGGAUUCUGACCUACAUUGGUGCCUUGUUUAAUGGACUCACUCUUCUCAUCCUGGGUCUGGUUGGAGCAUUCUCCUGCCCAGUUGUCUAUGAAAAACACCAGGUGCAGAUUGACCAUUACAUUGCACUGGUAAGCAACCAGGUCAAGGACGUUGUUGGAAAGAUCCAGGCUAAAAUCCCGGGUGCGAAGAAGAAGUCUGAGUAAAGGCAUCAAGUUCUGGGGUGUUAAUCUAAGUAUCCGGGUGUUGUACUUUCAUCCAGACUUCUUUUCAUCCAUCUCUCUCCACUGUAUAACCUCUAGCACCCAGCAGAAACCUUCUGAAAUGCUUCUGAUCAGUCUUUCUCUUUUCUUUAUUCUUCCCAGUAAGUCACUAUGAAGUAAAACCAUUGAGCCACUACUUAUUUAUCUUCACAAUGACUGAUAUGAAUGAGCAGAAUAUUUCAAUUAGUACCAUGCAUUGAAGAAUAAGAUAGAAUUUCAUUUAUUGGGUUUGGUCUCUUUAUGGUUGCCAUGUAUUUCAGAGAGAAAUCUUUUUUUUUUCUUUUUUUUUAAUGAAGUAGACUUCAGCGGUACCAGUUUUGAGGCAAACCCUGGUAUCUGUCCAUUUUUGGGGAUGAUUUAGUGUUAAUAUGAUUGUACUGUUUUAUUAAUUACUUGUGUAGAUCUUUCACAAAGCAGCUUCUGGCUCUCUCAAGUGGCUCUCGUGUUGUACUAGCAAAAGAGUUGCUCCAUAGCACUUCAUGCUUCUGAAUAUUUCUAGCAUACUAGAAUCGUGCGAAAUAAGAGCAUACACGUAUCCAGCUGUCAUUUCACCUCAUCACAGCUAUAUAUAGUGAAAUCUCUGAGCGAACACGUUUACAAACAUUAACUAUGGAAAAUAUUUAACGUUGUUUAUUUGUGGACCCAAUACCUAAAGCUGCAACAUUAUGUAACAUGAAUUAAAACAUUGUUUGUUAUGCAAGUAAUUGUGAAUGAUUCUUCAUACGGUCAUGGUGAACCUCUGUGGAAUGCAUUGUGAAAUGUAAACAAGCAUCAAUAAAGCUUCUAGAUGAA